AUAGCGGAUUGGAGGAAAGUUUCUCCUCGGGUCCACACACCCCCACCCUGCAGAUAUUCGUGGUUCGGUGCUACUGUGAUUCCAGUUGUUUUCACAUCCCCUCACUAACAAAGAGACUCGGACCUGCUGCCUUGCACCUCUCAGUAAAUGUGGCGAGUGAUGCGCAACUAACGACCGACGCUCCUGUACACCGAGGUGAAAACGAGCCGAGAGAGAAACUGAAGAAACACUUCUCUCUAAGAAGAGAAAUAAGGGGAGACUUGGACAAAACCUCAGGCGGAGUUGACUGAACGUAUAGAGCGAAAAUGGUGUCUGCCGGACUGGAGAUCUUGGGACUGUCGUUGUGCGUAAUUGGCUCGCUCCUGGUGAUGGUUGCGUGCGGGCUUCCCAUGUGGAAGGUGACGGCUUUCAUCGAAGCCAACAUCGUGGUGGCUCAGACGAUCUGGGACGGCUUGUGGAUGACCUGUGUGGUGCAGAGCACGGGCCAGAUGCAGUGCAAGGUGCACGACUCCGUCCUCGCCCUUAGCCACGAUCUACAGGCGGCCAGAGCGCUCACCGUCAUCUCCUCCCUGAUGGGCGUGCUGGGUCUGAUGGUUGUGAUUGCCGGGGCUCAGUGCACCAACUGCAUCCGCACCGAGUACGUCAAAGCUCGGGUGGUGAACGCCGGUGGAGUUAUCUACAUCCUCAGUGGCUUGUUCGUGCUGGUGCCUCUUUGCUGGAUGGCCAACAGCAUCAUAUCGGGCUUUCACAAUCCACAGGUGCCCCCAUCCCAGAAGAGGGAGAUCGGCGCUGCGCUCUACAUCGGCUGGGCGGCCACGGCGCUGCUACUGAUCGGAGGUGCGCUGCUGUGCUGUUCCUGUCCAUCCAGUGGCAACACGGGAUACUCGGUAAAAUACGCACCGACGGCCAAGAGAUCCACGCAGAACGGGGACUAUGACAAGAGGAAUUAUGUGUAGCUACGGAGCUCACAGCAGGCGGUGCGUAAAAGCGACCUGCGGCUUUUCAAAAACUUUUUUUUACGGACGUAUUCUUUGCACCUGCAUUUUUUUUCUUUCUUUUUCUUUUUUUUAGAAAUCUGAACUUUGAAAAUCAUUGGAGGCAACUUUUAACACUGACCCUUCGAUAUACGCUCGGACCACGUCGUUUUUGUGUCUACAGGAGAUUUUUAAAAGUCUAUCAAACUCACAAGAAAAACGGAGUAUCUUUGUUAGGUACCUGCUUUUGUAAAUCUUCGAAAUUAUUACUAUUUUGAAUUGUUUACCGUCGUUAACUACAAAGGUUUUCUUUUGUCGAGGAACCCUUGCCACUGAAAGUAUAGCCGACACUGUUGUUUUGCCUUGAUGUGCAUUGUCAGCACAACUUGUACAUUAACUGAGAAGGUUUGCACUCCCACUCACUCAGCCAGUAUCCUUUAGGGGACCUGCGCCGACAUGAUGACAACAACGUCCACUAACAACAAACAACGAAGCUGAAAAGUUCACACAUGUUAAAGUCUUCAUGAAUCUCGGAUCCGGCGAUGGGACGGACUUUGACGUUCGCAUUGUGGACCUGUAAAUUCCAGUGAGUCUGAGAGCCACAGGUCAUAAAAUGAAAAUGUGCAGUCCGUUAGUCGGCCGCACUGAGCACCUGCGAACUUUUUGCAUCAUUGUUCCUGCAGGGAGACUCCCGUGUUCUCACGUAAUCCAGGAAUAAACUUUGUUUUCUGUUGGUAUGUUGACGUUUGAUGUCAUGAUUCAUUAUUCAUGUAUAUGAAGUUGCAAUACUUGUUUCAUUUUAUUAAGAUUAAACUGAAUAUAUUGUCUGAAA